CCCGUGCCCGAGGUCCGUCCUAGCGGCGGGGGGCAGGGUGGUGGGACCGUGCGAGUGCGGGACCGGCCAGCUCAGCGCUGAGCGCUCUCCUCCUGCGUGAGCGCCUAAAAUGUUCCUGGCAUGCGAGGCCAGGGGAGAUGCAGUGAGAAGCGGGGCACUUUUCCAACAGCUCCUCCGCCGAGAGAACCAGUGGCACGGCACGGCUCCGCAGCCCGCUGCUCUCCUCGGCUUCCUCAGGCAACCUGACCGCCAUGCAGCGAGUCAGGGUGCUGGCGGCGCUGCUGUGCGCAGCUCUGCUCCCGCUCCGCCCGGAGGCCGUCAAGGCGCACAAGCGGCCGACGCGGACCCGGACCUGCGGCGAGCGGCCCGAAGAGCUGCUGGAGCAGCUGUAUGGGCGGCUGGCGGCCGGCAUGCUCAGCGCCUUCCACCACACCCUGCAGCCCGAGCCCGCGGGCCGCCCGCACAACGCCAGCUGUCCCGCCGGGAGCCGGCACGCUGGCGACAAGAGGUUCCGGCUCCCCGUCAACCUGCGAAGCGCCUCGCCCUGGGCUUACAGAAUUUCUUAUGAUCCCACGAGAUACCCUAAAUACAUUCCUGAAGCAUACUGUCUGUGCAAGGGCUGCCUCAUGGGGAUCUUUGGUGAGGAGAGUUUCCACUUCCGCAGCACCCCUGUGUACAUGCCGACAGUGAUCCUCCGCCGCACCUCCUCCUGCGCAGGGGGCCGCUAUGUCUACACAGAGGAUUAUGUCACUAUCCCAGUGGGCUGCACCUGUGUACCUGAGCAAGAGAAAGAGGCUGAAAGCGUAAAUUCCAGCAUAGACAAGCAAGAAAUGAAGUUGCUGGUAAGCCAGAACAAGCCGUCAUCAGAAUGAAGAAUAUAUAAAGUGUCACAUUGCAGUAGUGGCUUCAUAUCAUUUCACCACGUCAGGAAACUGCACCACAGCAGCAAACACACUGACUUACAUUCUUUUUCUACUUACAGUUAUAAGAUGGAAAGUUUUGUCCAGUCACAUCAUUAGAGAUGACAAUUCAUGUUAAGAACUUCUUUAGUUCAUGUAAGUAUUUGUUGCAAAUUUCAAAGUUUUUUGGUUUUUCUUAGAGCAGAACACUUUCACUUUAUCCUUGCUUAUUCACAGUAUGUUUUAGAAUAUGAUGCAGCAGUAAGACACAUUUGCUAUUACUUUAGCAGACUACUGGUUGUACAUAUUUUUAAGGAGUCUCUUAUACUUUACUUCUGAAUACUCUUAUAUGAAGAUCAUAUAGCUGCCAUACACAUGCCAGUUCAGGAAGUAAAAGGGUAUUUUUCAUGCUGGGAGAGCCUCCCUUUAUGUUGCAUAUCUCAACUCCAAGCAGUGUUCUUGGCUGUUACAUCCUUGGCUGUUUAUACCCUACAGCAAGGAAACCUUUGCUGAUUUUUAGCCAUUCAUGAAACAAUAUUCUAUCAGUUUGCUAUUUCUAAACUUGCCAAAUUUCUAAGGGUAUUAAAGCAUUGAGAAAAAGCAUGCUAGAAUCUUGGAAAACUGCAGUGGACUUUUUGGAUGUGGACUAAGUCUCAUUACACAGAAAACAUUAAUUGGAAAAAACACAGUUUGGGUCCCAAAGACUCUGUAUUAGAUUUUAUUAAUCAUUAACUGCCUGUUUCUUGUGACAGAACUGUAUUCUGAACCCAGGACAACAGUUGAAAAGCCAAAACCUGUUUCCUGUUAGGAGAUUCCCUAUUAAAAAAAAAAAACAAGUUAGAAGGAUCAGGCUUCAUUGCAGGUCCACUGCAGAUGAGUGAACAGCCUAGGUCUGGACUUUGAAUGCUACAGAAGUCAUUGAGGUAACUCCCAGCCAAUCCAAACUCAUAUCCAAGUGAUUGAUACAAUGAGCGUUGCUCAGUUUUCUUUAUGCUACACAUAAUAGACAGUUGCCUGCAAAUGAUGCUAGUCCUGCAGAAGAGCAGUCAUCUAUCCUUGCAGCUUGUAGGAACUUGAUGGCUAGCCCUAAACAGAGCCCCUAAAUACAAAAAAACUUGCAUUUCCAGAUCAAGAGACUGAAAGUUGGCUCAGUCUAGUGCUUGAGGAUCAGGAGUAACCAGGCAUACCUUGCACAAACAGAACUCCUCAGAGGGCCAUAUUUGUCAAAGUUGAUAAAUCUCAGAAUACACAGCAGAGAAUGUCUUUUACAGCUGAAGGAUCAUGACUGCAAUACCAUUACAAAAACCAACAAACACCAUAUGCAGCAAUGUAUCUGCUACAUCAAGAAUCUCAAAAUUGGGCUUAAUGCAUUGCAGCUAAAGUCCCUACACAAACACAAACUCCUUUGGAAUGUCAUUGGAUGAAGAAUGGAAAGACUAAGAGCUAACCAGAAUUAGCAAGUUAUAUAGAGAAUGAAAAUCAUAUGAUAACUCCUUGUCUUGGUGCCUUAUUAUUGACUCUGCUUUUUAUGACUCAGUCUAGUACAACAGUAUUUUUACAGUGCAAUCUGUAUAGCUUCUUACAAAGCCUAAAACAACUUUAACUCCAGAAUCCAAUAAAAGAUUCCCAUCACAAUGUCA